CAAUUCCGUGCGUAACCAAACGCAAUUCACCGGCUUAUAGACGAGAAGUUCGUAGUGUGUGGUAACCAUGACAUACUCGCGAAGAAUUGUACUAUGCGUUUGGUUGGCCUGGUUGUUGGUGGUCACGGAAGCCGCGACGAUCCCGUCUUCGCACGACUCGAGAACAAGCAAGCUCUCCACGGCGAAGAAAGGCGACGAUAGCUUUGUCUCGAUUCCACUCAUUCCGCACCAUGUGCAAAGGCGUCGUCGUAUGUUGGAGACUGGUGUCGAAGAUGAGGCCCUCCCCCGUCCCACUCGCUCGCGUCGGGACUUGGCAUCUACGAACACGGACCGGGAAAUUCAGCAAGUCGGCGCCUUGUACCAGGGAUACGGAACGCACUACACGGACUUGUGGUGCGGCACACCGCCGCAACGACAGACCGUUAUUGUCGAUACAGGCUCCGGUGUUACGGCCUUUCCCUGUAGUGGAUGCGGUGAUUGUGGUGUACCGAAAUAUCACGCGAAUCCCUUGUUUGUGGAAGGGGAUUCGAGUUCCUUUCACGAGCUCAGUUGUACUGAGUGUUUGAAAGGAACCUGUCGCUCGGGGGCGAAGCAAUGUCACGUGGGAAUGUCGUAUCAGGAAGGAAGUAGCUGGAGCGCGUAUGAAGCACAGGAUCGCUGUUAUGUUGGUGGCUUUCACAAUACCGCGGCAGUGGAUAGCGGGUCCAAUAGUCCGUUGGACCUCAACCGUGCCGAGGCCUUUGCCUUUGAUCUCAAAUUUGGCUGUCAGACCCGUCUGACAGGCCUGUUUAAGACACAGCUUGCCGACGGAAUCAUGGGCAUGGAUAUUGCGAAGGCUGCCUACUGGCAGCAGAUGUACGAUGCGGGAAAGACUGCCAGCAAGAACUUUGCGCUAUGCUAUGGUCGUCAAGACAUUGUUGAACGGGAAGGAACUGAAGCCGGGGCCAUGACCUUGGGUGGUUUAGACACCCGUCUACACAAGUCCGACAUGGUCUACGCCUCCACCGGUGGCACAAGCCAAAGUUCAGGGUUCUACAGCGUUCACGUCCGCAAAAUUCAUCUUCGUGCCGGAAACGGUGGAGACUCGGCCGUCAGCAAUUCUGAAGGACUCGAGGUUCGUGCUCUCGAUCUCAGUGAAAGCGACCUCAACAAUGGACGAGUCAUUGUAGAUUCGGGCACCACGGAUUCCUACUUUUCGCGUAGAGUGGCGUCCGAGUUCAACCGGGUCUACGAGGAGAUAACGGGGCAAUCUUUCACGCAUGCGGCUCUUAGUCUCACGGAGGAACAAAUCAAUGCCAUGCCUACAAUCCUUUUCCAGUUGGAAGGAGACGAAGAAGCAAACAAGGCGCUCGUAGAAGAACAUCCCGACCGCCAAAUUGUUGGUCUGGCAAACAUUGUGGAUCCUGAGCAUCCUUUCGAUAUUUUGGUCGCCAUGCCACCUAUGCACUACAUGGAAUACGACUCUUCCAAAAAAUUGUGGCAAGCUCGCUUUUACGUUGAUGACAGUAGUGGUGGUGUUUUAGGUGCCAACACAAUGAUGGGACAUAAUGUCUUCUUCGACAUCGAUAAUGGUCGCGUUGGCUGGGCCGAAGCAUCGUGUGAUUUUACAGCCCUUGAAGCCGAAUACGGAACUGACGACUUCGCCAGCGAUUUUACCGAUCAUACUAGGCAGGAACGACCGGAACCGGAUGAUCACGUUUCAGCGCAAGAGGCUAAGUUCGAACCCGACGACACCCUCCCGAACAGCAACUCGGGCUUUGAUAUGGGUCUGCCGAAUCAGUUUUGCUCUACUAUGCAGUGCCAGUUGGGUAUCGUGAUUGGGGUGCUGGCCGCCGUUGUCUUCGUUGUCGUGCGUGUGGUGCGACGCAACACAGGAAUUGCCUAUGAAGCGGCUGAAUUAGAGCUUCAAAUGACUGCCUUACCAGAGGAUGACGACGACAUGGCCGGCUACCGAGAUCACGUGGCACCGGCAAACACGGGAUACGAGAAAACCGAUGAGGAAAUGCCCC